AUGUCUCUUACCAGCGCCUCCCCCCUCGAAGCCGCUCAGUCGGCCAAGUCAGCUUCCCAUAUCCUUGCCACACUCUCAGACGAUGCGCGCAACGAUGCUCUCACAGCUAUUCACUCGGGACUCACAGCUGCUCGCGAUGACAUUCUUGCCGCCAACGCCAGGGAUCUCGAGCUUGCGCGCAAGGCUGCUGCCGACGGGCAGUUGAGCCAAAGUCUCGUCUCACGUCUAGACCUGACUAAGCCCGGCAAGUGGGAGGAUAUGCUCAAGGGCAUCCUCGACGUCCGUGGCCUCGAGGACCCUGUUGGCCGUGUUACUCUGCGCACCCAACUCGAUGAAGGUCUCAGCCUCGAACGGGUGACCUGUCCCAUUGGUGUUCUCCUCAUCAUCUUCGAGGCUCGUCCUGAGGUCAUCGCCAACAUUGCCGCCCUCGCUAUCAAGUCUGGCAAUGCGGCCAUCCUCAAGGGUGGCAAGGAAUCUACCGAGUCUUUUGUCGCUAUCUCACGCGUCAUCUCCUCUGCUCUCGAAAAGACCCAGGUUCCCAACGGAGCCGUCCAGCUCGUCACCACCCGCGAUGUUAUCCCCCAAUUGUUGGCUCUCGACAAGUACGUUGACCUGGUCAUCCCCCGUGGUGGCAAUGAGUUGGUGAGGUACAUCAAGGACAACACCAAGAUCCCCGUCCUGGGCCAUGCCGACGGUCUCUGCUCCAUCUACCUCGAUUCCUCUGCCGACAAGGCCCUUGCGGAAAAGGUUAUCGUCGACUCCAAGACCAACUAUGUUGCCGCCUGCAACGCUCUCGAGACUCUUCUUGUCCAAGAGUCGGCGCUUUCUCUCCUUCCCGAUGUUGCCACUGCCCUCGCAGCCAAGGAUGUUGAGCUUCGUUGCGAUGCUGCCUCCAAGGCCGCUCUCGCCAACACCCCUGGCCUCAAGAUUGUUGACGCCACUGAGGAGGACUUCAACACCGAGUUCUUGUCUCUGACUCUCGCCAUCAAGGUCGUUUCUGGCUUGAGCGAAGCUAUCAACCACAUCAACUCCCACGGUUCCCACCACACAGAUGUUAUCCUCACUUCUAACAAGGAGGAUGCUGAGACUUUUAUGAACGCUAUCGACUCGGCCGGUGUGUACCACAAUGCCUCAACCAGAUUUGCUGACGGAAUGAGAUAUGGUUUCGGCACUGAGGUGGGUAUCAGCACAAACAAGAUUCACUCAAGAGGACCGGUGGGGUUGGAGGGUUUGAUGAUUUACAAGUACAAGAUUCGUGGUGGUGGCCAAGGUGCGGGUGACUAUGGGGAGGGUAAGAGACAGUACCUUCACCAGAAGUUACCUUUGGAGUAG